AUGGACUUCGCCUCUCCUCCAAAUUCCCCGGGCGGUUCCAGCCUACCUCAGCGACCCAUGAGCGCAAUGGUCCGUCCAGCACCGAGAAGCAGCAGUCGCAUGAGUAUCACCAGCAAGACUGGUGGUGGGAGUCGAGCGUCGGACGACGAUGUCAAGACUGCAGUCAGAGUCGCGGUGCGCGUGAGGCCGCCCCUGGGUCCAGACGAUCCAGGAUACGAUCUUGUCCCACAGCGAUUUCAGCGGUCAAUGGUGCAAGUCCAAGGAGAAACCGGAGUAGCCAUCGAUUCACCACAGGGCCGCAAGUUGUUCGUGUUUGACAGGGUUUUUGGCCCCGAAGUCGACCAGGAGGGUGUCUGGGAGUAUCUUAGCGACUGUGUAAAUGCUUUCACGCAGGGCUACAAUGUCUCGCUUCUCGCCUACGGCCAGUCGGGCGCCGGCAAGUCGUACACCAUGGGCACUGCAGGCCCCGAUGUGCAGGAUGACCUAGAGGCCAUGGGAGUCAUUCCGCGGGCCGCCAUCGCCCUGUUCGAAAAGCUGGACGGCUCAAGUCCAAAGCCCCAAGGCGCGGCUUCAAAACGGGCUUCCAUGUCCCAGCUGCGUGCUCCCUCGAGAGCGACGCUCCAGCCUUCUCACAUCGACAAGGAUUGGAAGUUGACUGCGACUUACGUUGAGAUCUACAACGAAAGCCUGCGAGAUCUCUUGAUCCCAGAGCAGAUUCCACAGCAUGAGCGCGGCACCGUCACCAUCCGUGAGGAUGUCAAGGGGAACAUCAUCCUCACGGGGUUGCAGCAAAUCGAAGUCAACUCGGUCGACGAUCUAAUGAAUGUGUUAGCCCAGGGUUCAGCACUCCGCCAGACCGAUGCGACAGCCAUCAACGCCCGUUCUUCGAGAUCCCACGCCGUCUUCAGCCUUAACUUGGUACGAAAAGGGGCCAAGGGUCCGACGGCGCCCGCCGAUAAACGCAUGUCGAUGCCGCUCGAGGCCAUGUCCGGUACAGAGGCCAUGGUCACCACCGAUAGCAAGAUGCACUUCGUCGAUUUGGCCGGUAGCGAACGUCUCAAGAAUACCGGAGCUCAAGGCGACCGUGCCAAGGAGGGUAUCUCGAUCAAUGCCGGUCUGGCCGCCCUAGGCAAGGUUAUAUCGCAGCUUUCGUCACGGCAACCAGGAGCGCAUGUGUCGUACCGAGAUUCGAAGCUUACCCGCUUGCUUCAAGAUUCUCUGGGUGGAAAUGCGAUUACGUACAUGAUAGCUUGCGUAACCCAAGCCGAAUUCCACCUUAGCGAAACACUCAAUACGGUACAAUAUGCCCAGAGAGCGCGAGCGAUUCAGAGCAAGCCGAGGAUACAACAGGUGGAUGAUGGCGACAAACAGGCCAUCAUCGAGCGUUUGAAGGCGGAGGUUGCAUUCCUGCGAGAGCAAAUUCGGAGUUCGGAGAGGGGUGGGGGUGACAGACGUAGCAUGUUGCUAGCUCCUGGGGAGAGGUCCGAGCGGCAGAACGAACGGGAGGUCGAGCUCCAGAAUCAGCUGCUGGACGCCAGGGAAAACUAUACCACGCUAUCCCAGCGACACGCGAAGCUGAUUUCCGAGAUGGCCAAGGCGCGGGAGAACGAGUUUGCCGAAAAUCAGCAUCUCGAGGAAAGCUUGGGUGAAAGCGCCACCGAACGUCUAAACCGCUCAAACAGUUUCGCUCAGGCCGUCGAGCAGGUCGUUCUCGAAUACGAGAAGACAAUCCAGUCGCUCGAGCAGUCCCUUGCCAGCACCCGGGCCACCCUCGCUAACACCGAGACUACGCUGCUUGAGAAGGAAUCAAAGUGCGCAUAUACGGAGACCAUCAACACUCAGCUCCAGGCAAGGCUGCAAAAGCUAAUGGACCGCGAGGCUAGCACGGAGAAUUAUCUACAUGACUUGGAGGCUAAGUUGGAUACCCAUACUUCGGGGGAGGAAAAGAACGCCACCAUUAUCACCGAGCUCCGCAAGGAAAUUGCCCGUGUACGGGAAAAUGAGGCAAAUGCAGAGGACUAUAUCUCCACCUUGGAAGAGCGUCUCGCCGAGGCUGAUCAGGAUGCUGAGCUGAUGCAGAGGGAAAUUGACCGACUUGAGCAGGUUAUUGAACGCCAGCGUAGUCUCGGAAAGCUGGACUCCUUGCUAAACGAACUUGACCACAUCCAGCAAGAUCCGCCAACCAUCCCCGAGAACGAGCAUGAACUCACCAACGGAGCCCGCCAUCGAAAGUCGAUGGCCAGCCGGGACUAUGCCAACCAUUCGCGUAGCCAGAGCCAUGUCAGUCACCGAAGCCAGUUUGAGGAACCAAUCCGUGAGAGCAGUGAGGAGGACAUUCCUGAGGAAGACGAGGAGGAUUUCGUGACCCCAAUGGAGAAUGCGGCCCAUUCGACACCGAAGGCGUCGCACGCUCAACUGGCCGGCAAGAAUGGUUCGAAAUUGGUACCUGUGGAUAAGUUCGAAACCGUUACCAAGGAGCUUGUCGAGCUCCGAACUGAGCAUGAGACAACUCUGCAUGACUACAGCGCUCUCCAAGCUAAGCACGAGGAGGCUCUCCGGGCGCUCGCGGAGUUGCAGGAUACCAUCGAUGAGGCCCGCCAUCCGAGCCGCGUACGGGAUUCCAUUCUUUCGGUAUCAGCACCGGGUACGAGGCCCAUGUCCUUCAUGUCGGGCGAGACCAAGCCUGGUCACCGAUCUUUGUCAUCCGAGUUGUCAUCGGCUCUGGGUUCGCACACAGUUGUUACGGACGCUUCGGAUGCUGAGACUGCCAAACACCACGAUUCGCAUGUUGACGAGGCGGACGCCGAUGCUCAAAUUCAAAAGCUGAAGUCCAUUGCCGCUGCAAAGGAGGCCGCUGAGAGGGAGCUUGCAAUGCGGUACGCUCAACUGGAGGAGAAGCACCAGGAAACUCUCGAUGUAGUGGAAGAACUGAAGACGGAGAUUGCAAAGGCCCAGGCUCUCAAUGUGGAAUCUUCGAUUUCAAGAACCAGCACACCGGUUAUCCGUCGUAAGUCCAGCCAGAAUGUGAUGAUCAUCGAUCGCGCCCAUCGCUCUUUCGCCACGCUGAGCAACAUCGCAUCCGAAAAUCUACAUGAUCCAGAUGUGAUGGCCAACUUCGAGCUCAACUUGAACGCCGCUAUGCACGAACUCCACGCGCGCUCUGAGAGGAUCCAGGAACUGGAGGUGGAUGUGGCGACAGCGAAGAAAGAGAUGGAGACCAAGAUGACCAUUAUCUCUGGCCUGACUCGUGAGAGGUCUAGCUUGAAGGCGUCAUCGCCGAUGGAUAUGGCCAUGGUUUCCAGCCUGAGGGAACAGCUGGAGAGGAGUGAGAAGCAAGUGCAGGAGUUGCGGGAGUCCAACGCCAUUCGGCAGAGGGAGCUCGAGGCUCAGAUUUCCGAGUUGCAGCAUGCCCUGCAUCAGGCUGGUGUUGAUCCUGCGACGGUUUCUCCCAAGGUGUUUGACGGAGAUUCGGAUGCGCAGGCGAAGAGGAUCCUUGAGCUGGAGGCCGAACUUCGCGGCUGGGAAGCCAAGCACAAGGCUGCGUUGGAGAACCUCCAGGACUCGGAAGAUAGGAUGAAGUCUUCCAUGGCCGAGCUUGGAAGCCAGAUCUCAUUCCUGACCACACAGCUUACCGAGACCGAAACCCAGUCCAGCAUGUUGAGCUCGCGCCUUGCCCAGACCGAGGGUCAAGUCACCUCGCUGAACGACCAGCUUGCCCAGAACGGACACAAGGAGCCUGAAGGCGACGAGGCCGCAAAGGAGAAGAAGCACAAGGAGCUUGUCGAGUUCCUCCGCCACGAGAUCGAUGACUACAAGGAGCUCAUCAACAGGACACAGGCCAAGGCCACACAGGCCGAAGAGCAGGCCGCGGCCACCAAGGCCCUGCUUGAUGCUGCCACCAGAGAACGCGAUGAUGCCGCUGCUGAAGCCGAACACAACAAGCAGCUCCUGAACCAGCUUGAGGAGUCAAUCACCGAGCACGAGCAAACCAUCAAGGCCCACCAGGAGAGCUUGCAUGCCCUUGAGCUGAACCAUCAAUUAGAACUUGAGGAGGCAAGAACCGCUUCCAGACGGGAGGUUGAGGCUGAGAUGAAGGCCCUCAAAGCUGAGCAUGCCGAGAAGGUAAGACGUCUCGAAGAAGAACUUACCGAUGCUCGGGAGGAUCUCCUGAGGGUUGCCACUCAGGUCGCUAUGGCUCUUGGCCUCGAAGUCAGCAUCGAGAAGCUGUCGGAGCGCAUCGAGGAUCUCCUCGAAUCUCGCGAUGUCGUGGACCUGGAGCAGAAGAAGCGUGGCGAACUGGAGCAGCAUGUUGUCGAGCUCACGUCCAUCAACGACCAGGUCAUGAACGAACUAGAGUCUGUUAAGGCCGCUCUCGCGGACAUGUUGGUCACGGAGAAUGACAAGACCAGAACUCUUUACCCUGUCAAGGAAUCCGUGGCCCUGGUCAAGAAGAAGAUGGUCGAUUUGGAGACGAAGAACAAGAAGAACUCGCGCCUUGUGGAGGAGCUCGAGGAUCAACUGCAGAGCAACUACGACCAGGUGCAGCUCACGAGCAAUAGGCUGUCGACUUUGCAGUCCGAGAAAACCCAGCAGCUGGAGGAGGCCAAUGCUGCCAAGAUCAGGCUGGAAGAGGAGCUGAAGGUUGCCCAGGAGCAGUACGCUGCUCUUCAGACCAAGUACAACGUGCUGUCCGAACAAGCAGCGUCGGUUCCUCAACGCUCCGACUCGAAGUCAGCACCCAACCCGAGUUCUCCCCUCCGCAAGUCGAACUCCGUCCAGUCCCUCCCCUCGCCCCCGCCUGCGAUUCCUCUCCCACCGCUCCCCGCCGAUCGCGCAAACGGCGCCGUCUCCCCUACAAGUGGCGCUCCCCGCCCUCCCUCGAAGGACAUUCUUGCCGCUGCACUUUCAAACCAGCAGUUCCAAGCCAUUCAAGAAGACCAGGAAGCCCGCAUUCGCAUCAUCGAGAAGAAUCUCUCGGCUGAGAAGCAACUUACCGCCACCCUGGAAGAAGCGCUCACCGAUCUCGAGACGCAACAGCUCAAGAUCAAGGCCGACGCCGAUGCAUGGAAGCGCCGGGCCUCCGAGCUCGAGGCCGAGCUCAAGGAGCUUAAGGACAAGCCCCAGGUGGACAACCGGUGGAGCCUGCAGCAGGUUGAGGAAGAGCGGAAGAAGCGGGUGGACGCCGAGCGGGCGCGACAGCAUCUCGAGGAGAGAAUGCAGAGCCUGGCAGGCAAGAAGAAGAAGAAGGGGAGCCUGAACUGUUUUUAG